GGUACGGAACGGUAAAAAGACCAGGCCAUGCCGGUGAGCGUAUACAGAACGCUUAGUCAACGCUGGCCCAACAGACUCGCGCUUCUCAAGCAACAACGAUAAGUCGAACUUCGACUCUAUCUCGGCCGGUUUUCCUCUCUUCUUCUCUUCCUUUCUUUCUCGUGCGCGCGAGCCUUUCUCCUCAGCCGGUCUUUGCUCCGUUCCUUCGUCUUCCAAGGAGUCAAUCCCCCUCCGGUCUAUCCAGUCGCGCCCUCUCCGCUCUGGUGUCACCACUCAUCAUGGCUGCUCCCCGAUUUUUCCGCCCAGCAGCUCCCCUGCUUUCCUCUCGUCUUGCUUCCUCCUUCGUCCGUCACUCUGCUCGUCGAUCGGCCUGUGCGCCAUCGAUCUUCAGCCCGAGGCAAUAUGCUACUGAGAGCGGCACCAAGGAAGUCACUGUCCGAGAUGCGCUGAACGAGGCCCUAGCGGAGGAACUGGAGAGCAACCCAAAGACCUUCAUUCUGGGUGAGGAGGUUGCACAGUACAACGGCGCAUACAAAGUUACUCGAGGUCUAUUAGACCGUUUUGGCCCCAAGAGGGUUAUUGACACUCCUAUCACCGAGGCUGGUUUCUGCGGUUUGGCCGUCGGUGCCGCUCUGGCUGGAUUGCACCCGAUUUGCGAGUUCAUGACGAUGAACUUUGCCAUGCAAGCCAUCGAUCACAUCAUCAACUCUGCCGCUAAGACUCACUACAUGUCUGGUGGUAUCCAGCCCUGCAACGUUACUUUCCGUGGACCUAACGGCUUCGCUGCCGGUGUCGCCGCCCAGCACUCCCAGGACUACUCCGCCUGGUAUGGUAGCAUUCCCGGUCUCAAGGUCCUGGCUCCCUGGAGCGCCGAGGACGCCAAGGGUCUUCUGAAAGCUGCUAUUCGGGACCCCAACCCUGUGGUUUUCUUGGAGAAUGAGCUCAUGUACGGUCAAUCCUUCCCCAUGAGCGAGGCUGCUCAGAAGGACGACUUUGUGCUGCCCAUCGGCAAGGCCAAGAUUGAGCUUCCUGGAAAGGAUCUCACUAUUGUUUCUCUCUCCCGUUGCGUCGGACUGUCGCUCAAUGCCGCCGCCGAGCUCAAGCAGAAGUACGGAGUCGAGGCUGAAGUCAUCAACCUCCGCUCGAUCAAGCCCCUCGACGUCGAGACUAUUAUGAAGUCCUUGAAGAAGACUGGCCGCCUCAUGGCCGUCGAAUCCGGCUUCCCUAUGUACGGUGUUUCAUCCGAGAUCCUGGCUCUGGCCAUGGAGUACGGCUUCGACUACCUGACUGCCCCUGCCGUCCGUGUUACCGGUGCCGAUGUCCCCACCCCCUACGCUGCCAAGCUGGAGGAGCUGAGCUUCCCUCAGCAGGAUACGGUAGUCGGCCAGGCCGUCAAGCUGCUGCGGUUGUAGAUGGGAGCGCAGGAGGAGUCAAGAUCUAUUAAUAUAUUGUCAUGUGCCCAGUACCCUUUCAUUUUUCACUAGUCAAGCCUGAGGAAUUGUACGACUAGAACGUUCUACCAAUUUUACAUCCCUCACCACUUCUAAUGACCGAAUGAGGUUCCCUGUGUUGGUUCA